AUGGAUGCUGGAGUGCCAGGACCUCCAGGCUUUCAAACAAGGCAUGGUUUCACUAUCAAGACGUCGGGCUAUUUCACUCAAAUAGCUUCAAUUGAUCGGAAAAGGAAGAAUAAGCGGGGAUACCACCUAAAGCACCAGAAGAGCAAUAACUUUUUAGCCUGGUUAGGUAUGUGGGCUAAUGAUUCAUCUGCUAGGUACCGUAGUGUCUGGAGUCAGCGCCUCGACUGGAGUCAGUGCAUCGACUGGAAUCAGUGCCUCGACUGGAGUCUGUGCCUUGAAAAAAUAUACAACUCCAAAUUGGUUGUUAGUAGUCAGUUAUGGAAACGUGUCAAAGAUAAACGAACGUAUGAAAAUACUGGAAACUACUGGAGAUUUGGAACUGUGUACGUCUUUGCGGUCGAACAAUUUUCGACCGACGACUGA